GGGUUUUUUUCAACAUCUGACAAUGUAUGCAUUAAAUCUUUCUUUGCUUAUAAUUAUAAUAAAUUUCUAUUUUUAUGUUCAAAAUAUAAUUUAAUAUGUAAAUGAAAAAUGUUUUUGAGUAUUUUUACGUACCAUAGAAAAAAACCACACGCGCACUUUAGCACGUGUUAUUUUAGCUAGUUGUAACACUAACAUAAAAUCCAGUAAAAAAUUAAAGAAAAAAGUAAAUGACAGCAUUAAUAAAAUAGUACCAUUAAUAUAAUAUUUAUAAAAUAAUAAUAGGUUUUGAUGACCUUUUUAUCCAGUUGCAUUGAAAGAAAACCGCAUAAGUAAUCACAAAAGUAAUCAAUCAUUUUAGAAAAUAGUUACAAAAAGGGUGUUAAAAAGAAAUACAUACAUAUAUCUACAAAGUCUCUGAGAAUCUAAUACAAAGUAGAUAUUUUCAAACAUGAAAUGACUAAUUCUAAAAGUAAAAAAAAUUAUAACCAUAACGCAAGCGUACAUUGUGUCAAACAAAAUUGUCUAACAUGUAUCUUGAAAUUCCUGCAAGCCAAACCGAUUUGAAAUAAACAUGACAUUGAAAGUGUACUUUAUAGUGACAAUAAGUGUGUCAUUAUGCUUAGGAUCAGAAGAAUAUGUGCAACUAAUUUCAAACAUUUAUGAAUUUUCUAAUCGUACCUCCGUGACUUUAAUUCACUUUGGCUCAACUGACGAUUCAAGCAAGAAACAAUUAAUUUUCGACACUCAAGUGCUUCUAUUAAAAAAAGGGUUUCCCGUGUCGAACACAAACUUCAAGAAAUUAGAUUCAAUAAAGAAAAAGGAAUAUGACAGUGUUGAAAAAUUUUACGAAAGCGACAGAUUAUUGAUUGUCUUUUUUGUAUCUUCUUUGCAAGACUUCAGUGACAUGCUGCACAUUACAAAAUUAAUGAAACGAAAGAAAGUGAUAACCUUUCUUUUGUUUGUGAAAAUUGACGAUUCUCCUGAUUUGCCGUCCUGCAUGAAUCCAGUUGGUAAUCCAUUGAGAUUAGGCAGAGGAGUCUCCGUCCUUGUCAAGUGCUAUGAAGAUCCGGAUAUUCGUGAAUGGCACUCAGUUAAUAAUAACGAGAUACUUAUUAAAAAAAGAGCAACUUGGAUACCGAAGAAAGGAAUCACUUCUAUAUCCAAAAGAUUAGUAUUUGGCGAUAGAGAAUUUCUACGAGGAAAGACUUUACUGGCAGCCUCAAUACGGGAGAGCGACACAAUAGGGAACUAUUUCAGUAUGAUAUGUGUUGCCCUUGAGGAAGCUGGAAAUUUCAAAAUUAAAAAAACCCAUAUCGUGGCUGAUUAUGGAAUACUUGAUGAACGGACUAAUACAUGGAAUGGUGCCGUGAGCUUAAUUAUGAACGAAACAGUUGACAUGGCAGUGGGUUUCUUCACCUUCUUACCCAGUGGACUUAGGGUUGUUGAUUAUACUGUAGGGUUCGUAAGAGCUGAAUUUGUUUUAAUCAUAAGAAAACCAGAAAGUAGAGUUCUUGUGUCAUGGUCAGCACAUUUUCAGACAUUUUCACUCCAAGUAUGGAUAUUUAUUAUAUGUACAGUCAUACUGCUUCAGAUUGUUUGCAUUCUUAUGAAAAACAACUCGCCAACUCAAUGUUAUGACAAAUCGUCGUAUACCGACGAUUUUUUUAAUAUUUAUGGAAUUUUUUGUCAUCAAGAAGUAAUGGUUACUACGAGUGCGACGUCCAUAAGAAUAUUGUACACAUCUGUUGCUAUCUUCUCCUUUUUUAUUUGGUCAAUUUACUGUGCCGGUUUUGUUAGUAAAUUGACAGUUGUUGAUUCUAAUGUUAAAUUUCGAUCAAUGGAGGAAUUCGUGAAAGUAAAGACUCACAAGCUAAUAGUUUUUAAGGAAACUUCCAAUUAUGUCAAAUUAAAAAAUGCUACGGAGCCUACAUUCAUAGAAGCUGCCAAGUUGCUUGUAAAUGAAGACCAACUACCGACAAAUAACGAUGAUGCUGUAGAGAUGAUCUGCAAGCACAAUAUGGCUCUUUAUAUAAACGAUAUAUUUGUGCCAUUAGUACACUACACUAACAUCUCUAAUCUUUGCCCAAUGUUAACAAUUAGAACUGGUGACUUUGAUUCUUUUGUUUUUUUGUUAAAUAAACACAGUCCUUAUAAAGCAGCGAUAAAUUAUUAUCUAAGAAGAUUUCAUGAAAAUGGAAUGUUGGAUAGAAUGAAACCGGCCAUUUACAGUUCGACUCCAAAAUUUGAGGAAUUUGACAACCAAUUUACGAGCGUCACUGCUGUGGCUGUUGCAAUGAUUUUCACAAUGCUGUUUGCAAGUUUCAUUGUAUCAAUUAUAAUGCUAUUGUUCGAGAAGCUCUACUUUUUCCUUGAAAGGACAAACGAAAAAAAUCUCCAAACAAUACUCAAUUCGAUAAGCAGAAAAAAAUUGACAAUAAGUGUGUCAUUAUGUUUAGGAUCAGAGGAAUAUGUGCAACUGAUUUCAAAUAUUUAUGAAUUUUCCAAUCGUACCUCCGUGACUUUAAUUCACUUUGGCUCAACUGACGAUUCAAGCAAGAAACAAUUAAUUUUCGACACUCAAGUGCUUCUAUUAAAAAAAGGGUUUCCCGUGUCGAACACAAACUUCAAGAAAUUAGAUUCAAUAAAGAAAAAGGAAUAUGACAGUGUUGACAAAUUUUAUGGAAACGACAAAAUAUUGAUUGUCUUUUUCGUAUCUUCCAUGCAAGACUUCAGUGACAUGCUGCACAUUACAAAAUUAAUGAAACGAAAGAAAGUGAUAACCUUUCUUUUGUUUGUGAAAAUUGACGAUUCUCCUGAUUUGCCGUCCUGCAUGAAUCCAGUUGGUAAUCCAUUGAGAUUAGGCAGAGGAGUCUCCGUCCUUGUCAAGUGCUAUGAAGAUCCGGAUAUUCGUGAAUGGCACUCAGUUAAUAAUAACGAGAUACUUAUUAAAGAAAGAGCUACUUGGGACUUUAAGAGGGGAUUUACUUCAAAAUCAAGAAGAUUAGUAUUUGGCGAUAGAGAAUUUCUACGAGGAAAGACUUUACUGGCAGCAUCUAUUUCGGAAACCGACACCAUGGGGAACUAUUUAAGUAUGAUAUGUGUUGCUCUUGAGGAAGCUGGAAAGUUCAAAAUUAAAAAAACGCAUAUAGUAGUAGAUUAUGGAAUACUUGAUGAACGUACAAAUACUUGGGAUGGUGCCGUGAGCUUAAUUAUGAACAAUACUGUUGACAUAGCAGUGGGUUUUUUCACCUUCUUACCCAGUGAACUUUUGGUUGUUGAUUUCAGUAUAAGAUUUAUAAGAGCCGAAUUCGCUAUUAUCAUAAGGAAACCGGAAAGUAAAGUUCUUGUUUCAUGGUCAGCAUACUUUGAGAAUGCCACUGAAUCCACAUUCAUAGAAGCUGCCAAGUUGCUUGUAAGUGAAGACCAACUACCGACAAAUAACGAUGAUGCUGUAGAGAUGAUUUGCAAGCAAAAUAUGGCUCUCUACUUGGACGAUAUAUUUGUACCAUUAAUGUAUCACAAUAACGUUUCAAAUCUUUGUCCGAUGUUAACAAUUGGAACUGGUGACUUUGAUUCCUUUGCUUUUCUUGUGAAUAAACAUAGUCCGUAUAAAGCGGCGAUAAAUUAUUAUCUAAGAAGAUUUCAUGAAAAUGGAAUGUUACCUCGAAUGAAACCGGCCAUUUACAGUCCUGCUCCAAAAAUUGAGGAAUUUGACAACCAAUUUACGAGCGUCACUGCUGUGGCUGUUGCAAUGAUUUUCACAAUGCUAUUUAAAAUAAACAUGACAUUGAAAGUGUACUUUAUAGUGACAAUAAGUGUGUCAUUAUGCUUAGGAUCAGAAGAAUAUGUGCAACUAAUUUCAAACAUUUAUGAAUAUUCUAAUCGUUCCUCUGUGACAUUACUUCACUUUGGCUCAACUGACGAUUCAAGCAAGAAACAAUUAAUUUUCGACACUCAAGUGCUUCUAUUAAAAAAAGGGUUUCCCGUGUCAAACACAAACUUCAAGAAAUUAAAUUCAAUAAAGAAAAAUGAAUAUUACAGUCUUAAAAAUUUUUACGGAAACGACAAAAUAUUGAUUGUCUUUUUCGUAUCUUCCAUGCAAGACUUCAGUGACAUGCUGCACAUUACAACAUUAAUGAGGCGAAAGAGAGUGAUAACCUUUCUUUUGUUUGUGAAAAUUGACGAUUCUCCUGAUUUGCCGUCCUGCAUGAAUCCAGUUGGUAAUCCAUUGAGAUUAAGCAGAGGAGUCUCCGUCCUUGUCAAGUGCUAUGAAGAUCCGGAUAUUCGUGAAUGGCACUCAGUUAAUAAUAACGAGAUACUUAUUAAAGAAAGAGCUACUUGGGACUUGAAGAGGGGAUUUACUUCAAAAUCAAGAAGAUUAGUGUUGGGCGCUAGAGAAUUUCUUAGAGGAAAGACUUUACUGGCAGCCUCAAUACGGAAAACGGACACCAUAGGUAAUUAUUUCGGUAUGCUAUUUGCUGCUCUUGAGAAGGCUGGAAAUUUCACAAUUAAGAAAACAAAUAUAAUAGAAGAUUAUGGAGCACUUGAUGAACGUACUAAUAAAUGGAAUGGUGCCGUGAGCUUAAUUAUGAACAAAACUGUUGACAUAGCAGUGGGUUUUUUCACCUUCUUACCCAGUGAACUUUUGGUUGUUGAUUUCAGUAUAAGAUUUAUAAGAGCCGAAUUCGCUAUUAUCAUAAGGAAACCGGAAAGUAGAGUCCUUGUCUCAUGGUCAGCAUAUUUUCAGCCAUUUUCACUCCAAAUUUGGAUACUCAUAAUAUGUACAAUCAUACUGCUUCAAAUCGUUUGUAUUCUCAUGAAAAAUACCUUACCAACUCAAUGUUAUGAGAAAUCAUCGUAUGCUGACGAUUUUUUUAAUAUUUAUGGAAUUUUUUGUCGUCAAGAAGUAACAGUUACUACGAGUGCGACGUCCAUAAGAAUAUUGUACAUAUCAGUUGUUAUCUUCUCGUUUUUUAUUUGGUCUAUUUACUCUGCCCGAUUUGUCAGUAAAUUGACAAUUGUUGAUUCUAAUGUUAAAUUCCGAACAAUGGAAGAAUUCGUAAAAGUUAAAACACACAAGUUGAUAGUUUUUAAAGAAACUUCCAAUUAUUUCAAAUUAAAAAACGCCACUGAAUCAACAUUCAUAGAAGCUGCUAAGUUGCUUGUAAAUGAAGAUCAACUACCGACAAAUAACGAUGAUGCUGUAGAGAUGAUUUGCAAGCAAAAUAUGGCUCUCUACUCGGACGAUACAUUUGUACCUUUAAUGUAUCACAAUAACGUUUCAAAUCUUUGUCCGAUGUUAACAAUUGGAACUGGUGACUUUGAUUCCUUUUCUUUUCUGCUGAAUAAACAUAGUCCAUAUAAAUCGGCAAUAAAUUAUUAUAUAAGAAGAUUUUUUGAAAAUGGAGUGAUGGCUCGAUUGAAACCGGCCAUUUACAGUUCUGUUCCAAAGAUUGAAGAAUUUGACAACGAAUUUACACACGUUACUGUUAUAGCUGUUGCAAUGCUUUUUGCAAUGCUCUUUGCAGGUUAUAUUAUAUCAAUUACAAUGCUUUUGUUCGAAAAUCUCCAUUUUUUGCUUGAAAGAACAAAAAAACAAAAUAUUUUCUUUAGAAAAUCUUAUAAACUGAAUAGUAAGUUGUAAAAGUUUUUCUUGGAAAAUAUCUUCUACACAAUAUAAUUUUAUAAAUUAAUUUUUAAGGUUUAAUUUGUAAUUUUGAAGCAUAAAAUGUAAAUAUAUCGACAACAUACUUUAGUGUGGAAGAGUAAAUGUUGAGAAAUAUUGAUUCAUACCCCUCCUAAGAAAUAAAGUUAAUGUGAAACAUAUACAUUUAAUUAUUCAGGCAAUUAUCUUUUGUUUGAAGAAAAUAUUUUAGUUAAUUGUUAUUAAUUCAUAAAAAAUAGGAAAUGGGAAGGAAAUGUUAAACUUUAAUUUAUAAACUCAUUUAAGGCUAGGGUUAAAUUUCUAAAACAGCUUUUUCCUAUUAGUGGAAACAUUAAUAAGGUAUAUCAACUCAUGAAAUCAUUAAGCAAGUAGUUGGAAAAGAAAAAUUGACAAUAUUAAUUAAAUUGCAACGAUAAUAAAAUAUGUAUAAAGUGUGAAUAGGCUCUAAGAACCUUCUUGCUCAAUUAAGUCGAAAAAAGUAUAAAUAGAUGU